UGCAUUUUCUGGAAGAGUUAACACAAAUAGUUUUGUGUUAACUCUAUUUGAAAGCUCUCAUUGCCUCUGAAAUAAACUAUAUCAUAAAGCAUCUACCUUUCAUAAAGAAUGAAGGAAAGGUGGAGCCUAGAGAAGGAGAGAGAACAUUAGCAUAUAAGUAGCCAGGUUUAUGAUUAUAUUCUUGUUUUGCUUGGAGAUUGAAGAAUCAUGAAAAAUAUUCACAAGCUAGCACCUUUCUCCAUCCCUGCAUACUAUGUUGUUCUUCUACCCUUGGUUGGCUGUUCAUCCCAUGAUGAUGUGAAUCAAUCCAGCAUUAGCUUUAACAAGCUUAGUCCUCAGAUGACACAUGAUGUUACAAUUCAUGGGAUUCUCCUGUGGGUUUCACUGGGGUUCUUAAUGCCUAUUGGGAUACUUAUUAUCAGAAUGUCUAGUAGAGAAGAAACUGGAUCCAUGAGGGUCAAAGUCAUUUUCUAUCUCCAUGCUAUUUUGCAGACAUUUUCAGUGCUUCUUGGCACAGCUGGAGCUAUCAUGUCGAUCAAAAAAUUUGAUAAUGCAUUCAAUAACAGCCACCAAAUACUAGGUCUAGCUCUUUAUGGUGCUAUAUGGGUGCAAGCCUUGGUCGGAUUUUUCAGGCCUAAAAGGGGAAGGAAAGAAAGGAGCUUGUGGUACUUUGUGCAUUGGAUGCUUGGGACAGUAAUUUCUCUGGGUGUGAUCAUAAACAUCUACACAGGCAUAAAUGUGUACAUCAAGAAAACAUCAAGAAGUGCAACCCUUUGGACUAUACUUUUCACAGCAGAGGUCUCUGUCAUUGCUUUCUUAUACCUCUUGCAAGACAAGUGGGAGUAUCUGCAAAAGCAAGGUGUGAUUUUAGGCAAUGUACCCAUCACACUUCCCAAUCGAGAGAUUCCUGAAAGCCUCAACCAAAAGGAGUUGUUCCUUGAACCAUGUGGGAAGGUCAAUGCACUUCAGAAUUUGUUUGACUGAUAUGGGAUUCUUUAUUACCUUUUUUUCUUUUAGGUUUUGCUCAUUUGAACUUUGUUUUUUGAUGUCUGCACUUUAUGGUAGUGGAAGGUGAUUUCACAAAAGAUUGCACUAAUGGUAAUGGAGUGCAUGCAUCAAAAAGUAGAGUACAAACUGUGCAUCCAACUAUGUCAAGGAUUGAAUUAGAAAAGAAGAAAAAAAAAAAAACUAUGUCAAGGAUUUUCUUUUUCAUAUGACCCCUACAGGUGUAUAUCUUUGAUGUGAUUAGGGGGGAAUUUUGGGUGUUUUUUUGCAUAUGGAUUAAGAGAUAGAUAGAUGAUUAUGUAGUGCUUUGUAUGAGAAUGCUAUGAAGUUUGUAAUUAAGCAUAUUUAUGUAACACUGUAUUGAA